GCCAUUGACGUCCUCGCGAGUCAUGAUUCCUCAAAGCUAUGUGGGUCGCAGAGAGCAGAAAACCCACGGAACCAAAGUCACUAGGUAUGGCCACGAUGUAGACCGCUCAGAGAAAGAAAAGUCUCGAUUAGAAUCGUCAUCUUCGCUAGUAUCUCCAAGCUACAAUGCGACCAGUGUACCUACAGUGCAACAUAGGGGUGACUCUUUUUACGACGCAGACAACGAUAAAGAGCCCCAUCUGAAACCUCAACCCUCCCCCGAAUAUCGUAACUGCCGUAAGUAUCACAGCCGACCGCCACAAUCUCCUCCGCCGGAAGAUCCUCGCAAGUCUUCUGAAUCCAUCAACAAAUACACUGCAACACAGGAUAAAGAUAGACGCGUCAGGCAAUAUACAAAUCCAAAAUUAAACAAAGCAUCCAAUUAUAGGAGUGGCGUUGGAAGUAAGGAUCCAUCUAAAGUUGCAUUUACAGACUCCGAAGUCACUAGUGUUGGUGGUGUCAAAGUUCGUGACGACCAUUAUGUGACGAGGAGCGUUGAGGAGGUUAGGAUUGGCUAUAGGGAGCGGCAGGCUAAAUCUGACAAAAGAAGAAAUGAGAGGCGCGGAAACUCUACGUCUUCAAUCGCGUUCGAGAGUGGUUAUGUGUGA